AAAGUGUGGUAAUUAUAUAUAUAUCAAUUCCAAGUUACUAGUAUUAGAUUACUGUUUCUUAUUAAAUGACAAGGAAAUAUCAAGUAUAUAUACGUUUCAUGGAAUUUCAUUGGAAAGAUUCCUAAGCAUGUUUCUUGGUUUUAUGUAUUUAAUCGUUCUAUCAAAUUUUGUCCUGUUUAAGUGGGAUAUUGAAUGAGUGAAAAGGACGGCUGUAACAAGUAUUGUAUAUUCAUUAAUGGAUGAGAUAUUAUGAAAGAUGGACACUGAGACGAAUUUCAAUUCCAGGAGCCACAUCCCAAUAAAGAACAAUGUUAUUAUCGACAGAUGGUUAAACCAUUCUUCAAAACAACGUGACAAAAAAGGAAAACCGGAGGAAAAGGCACAGGAAAUAAGGAAAAAAUAUACCUUUAAAUACACACGUGGAAGUGAGACACAGAACAACCUAAAACAUGGAAUUAUCCGAUUCAGAUCAGAUGACACAGAAGAGCAAAUGAAAAUUCCUUGUAUGAUAGCACCUGAUGACAUUGACUGUAAGGUGAUAUAUGAGGAGAUGCUCAAAUGGAUUCCUGAUAAAAAAGCACCAAAGGCAGUUCUUUCCCUUACUGGAGGAUCAGAAAAUUUUUUAAACAAUGAAACAAUUGCAAAUAGAUUGAAAAGUGGCUUACUGGAUCUAAUAACCACCACAAGUCUCUGGCUCAUUACUGGAGCAUGGAACACGGAAAUUACUACUUCUGUAGGAGAGGCAAUUCAGGAAUACAGGGAUAAACAUGAAAACAAUGAUCAUAUCCUGGCGUUUGGCUUUUCAUCAUUUGGCAAGAUUGUUAAAGGUUAUUACCAAACCUGCAAUGGGAAGGAUUUAGAACCAAACCAUUCGCACUUUAUCAUGGUAGAUGGCAGUGAGGAACGGGUAUUGAAGAUGAGGACAAACCUAAGAAGUUAUCUUGCAACACGUUUGCAGAUUCCAGUGAUACUGCUGAUCGUAGAAGGCGGGUCAAAAACAUUUGAAAUAGCUUUAGAGUCUGUCAAUAAGAAUAUUCCUGUUUUGGUAAUAGAAGGGUCGGGAAAAGCAGCGGACUUCAUAUCUAAAGGGUAUAAAUUGAGCGAGGAUAAAACCAGUGAGGGAAAGAGCGUUUUUACUGAAAUAUUUGUGCCAGAAAUGUUACAGUCAGCCAAAAACAUGACAGUCACAGGCAAAGAUGAUCCUUCCAAGUUUGUGGACCAACUGAAACACUGUUUGAAGGAGAAGAGGGAAAUGAUAUACGUUUUCUCAUUAGACGAUACCAGCGAAACCUUGGACAGGCAUAUUCAAGAUAUGAUUUUCACAAUAAGAAAUAAAGAUAAUAAGAUGGAUACCGAGAAAAAAAUUCGUUUGGUCAAUAAAUGGAACAGACCUGAUAUAGCUGAAAACCACAUUUUCAACAUGCAGAAUAGACAGGACAUUGCGUAUUUACGGGAAUCAUUGAAAAAGAAAAACAGUGCAGUAUCAGAACUCUUUAAAAAAUCUUUGGUGGAAAACAGGGUAGAAUUUGUAACCCUUCUGUUGAAAUACAUUCUAGCCCCAGAAUGUUAUCAACAAUUUGUAACAGAAAAUCUUUCGUCACUAUACAGAGAGUGUAUGGAUCCAGAAAAGGAGAGCAGUUGUACUGCAGGGCAGUUCCUACACGAAUAUUUACAGUCAUCAAAACAAUCCAUGUGGAAGAGAGGUUACUGGAAAAACGACUGCAGUGACUCAAAAUAUCUAGACGAUAUAAAUCAAGCUGUUAUACGGCUACUUGGUAAUAGAGAACUGAAGCCUAUUGAAAAUAAGGGGCGCAUAUUUCCUUUUAAAGCACUAUUUAUUUGGGCUGUGCUUAUGAAUCAAAGGGAAAUGGCUGAGCUAUUUUGGAAAAAGGAUAGUGAUUUUAUAUGUGCUGCGUUGUAUGCAAGUUCAUUGGCCAAGAAGCUAGCAGAGAGUGCUUGUUCAGAAGAAAAUAUGGAAUUGAUAACAUCUUUUGCAGAGAAUUCCAAAUAUUAUGAAACGCUUGCAUACAAUGUGAUGACAGAACUGUAUUGCAAAGAUAAAUCCAAAGCAAGACAACUUUUGGUAAAAAAAGUUGAAAGAUAUGGUUGUGCAACAAUAUUUGAAUUAACUGAACACAACAACCUAAUGAAGUUUAUUGGACACACUGCAUGCCAAACUAAGUUGAAUAUUAUUUGGAAGGGACAAAUUGCAACUUAUACUUCACACCUGAAGGUAAUUUUUGGCGCUUUCCUACCUUUUUUGAUACAAGGCAUGAUGAUUCAAGGCGAAAAAGAAAAGAUAUCUACACAUGAGACACCACACACCCGGCAUGCCUUGCACUCUGGCAAAAGUUUGCCAAAUGGUAUAUUCUACCCGUCGACAAAACCUGGAUCUGAAUAUCUUGCAGAGCAACAUCAAUCAAAACGGGCAGAAAACUGGAAUGGUAUUGCAUUUCAUCAAAGAAUAAGAAAUAUUUAUUACUUUUACAACGCACCUGCAACCAAAUUCAUUUUUAAUGUACUGGCAUAUACAGCAUUCUUGGUGGUUUUCUGCUUGUUUGUGCUUACAGACUUACAUUCAAUGCCUGAGGGUGGCAUAUCAAAUUAUGAAUAUGUCACAUGGGGUUGGGCAGCAUCAAUGAUGACAGAAGAACUUAGACAGGCUUUGGUUAUGUCAAAAGCACCACUGAGAUAUGUGACAUGGUUCAAUUUUUGGACAGUUUACGAGGGUAUCAUGUUUUGUCUGUUUAUGGCAUCUGUUCUCCUUCGAUUAACCUUGUCAGAGGGUGAUUUUAGUUAUGCACGUGGGAUGUAUGCAUUAACACUUGGAUUGUACAUUGUGAACAUCAUGCAGUUUUUUCUUGUUUCAAAGACAAUUGGUCCAAAGGUUAUCAUGUUGGGGAAAUUGAUCUAUGACAUCAUUUUCUUUGUGUUGCUAUUUGCCGUGUUUGUAUUUAGCUUUGGUGUCUUUUACCAUGCAAACAUGUACCCGAACAACGUCUACCUUGACAACGGUAACAUGACCAAAAGAAAUGCAUAUGGACUUUUCAAAAAUAUCAUAUAUAUGCCAUACUGGCAGUUAUAUGGGGAACUGAAUUUAGACAUCUAUGAAGGGGAUAAAAAAGAGGAAAAAGAUGGAAGUGGCCCAGAAGUCAGUGAGAUAAAUCUAGUGUUAUUAGCUAUUUAUAUGGUAUUGACGCAAACUAUUCUCAUCAAUUUUCUUAUAGCAAUGUUUUCGCACACAUUUAAUAAGUUUCAAGAGAACAAUGAACUUGUUUGGAAAUUUCACAGAUUUUCUCUUGUCCAAGAGUAUUAUGACAGAUGUCUGUUGGUGCCACCACUAAUAAUCAUAAACCACAUAAAGAGGGCUUCCUUUUAUAUCUUGCACAAAUGUUGUAACAGUAAAACAAAUCAAGUAAAUGUUUUCAGAAUAGAGAUUAAAGGUAAAGAAAAGAAAAGACUGGAUUUAUUGGAAAAAGAUGCGGUUAAAAGCUAUUCAAAUUCGUCAAUUCGAUUACGUAGAUCUCGCGCUAAGACUAUAUCGAGUGAUGAUGGAAGCUUGGAAGACCGUUAUAAACAUGAUGCAGAGCUUAGCUUACAAGAACAAGUUGAGGUAGUGACAGCUGAUGUUGGACAGAUUCAAAAUCAACUUAAAGAGAUCACACAGAAUAUUAAUGAUAUAAAAGCAUAUAAACAGAGAGUAUUGCUAGUUGAACUUCCUCGAGGUGUACGAAGUGGAACACAUAUUCCAGAUGAGGUGCCCAUGUUCGAAUAAAAUUCCUGAACAAUUAAAAAUGGAUUUUUACUUAAAACAAUGUACGUAAAGUGAAGUCACAUAAGGUGUAAAACCCUGUAUUUUUUAAAGUGUGUCUAAUCCACUUGCAGUACACAUUAUUGUGAAUAUGAAUAGUACUUUGAAUAUGUGAAAUUAAGGUCUAUUUAUAUAUUUGGAUUGAUUCUCAGUUUUGCAAAACUCGUUUGGUUUAUUGUAUAUGCAGGUUUGAAGAUUGAUGUUCCUUACCUCAUCAAAAACUUUGAAUUAGUUUCCUUGGCAAUUUUCAUUGAGAUUAUUUACAAUCAAUUGAUGAUUAUUUAUACUAUUGACUGAUUAGAAUGUGAAAUAUUUUACAACAUGCAUGAUUUGACAAAUUUGAUUUUUAUUUGUUGCAUAGUUUUUUUGAUAAUUUUUAUGACAAUAGUGGGAUUUAAAUCGAUAUAGUCGUGCCGUUGGUAAUUGAAUUUAUGCCAUUAAACAAUUAAACAAUGUAAUUGAAACCUUUCGUUACAUAAUAAGAUUUUGUACAUCCUUGAGGUAAGCUUAGAGCAAGCUCCUGGUUAUAAUUUAGUAAUUCAUUUUUCUGGCAUUAGAUUAGCCUUUUGUGUUCCCUACUAGGGCGAGGGGAGUAAAAUUUGGAGUGCUGUGAUUCGAUGUACGAGUUUAUUUUAUCUAUUUAUUUUUUACGAAUUUUAUGAACAAGUACAGUGUGUAUAUUUACAAUAAAUAUUUGAAACACA